CCAGAUUAGACUAACGCCGUGUAUAAAAGACUUUGCGUUGACAGCGGGGCGUUUAAGUUAUCGUCACGAUGAUUUCCAGUUUGAUUGGAUCGAUAUUGCUGCUGGCUGCCGUUUGCCAUGGAGCACCACCUGGUAGUCUCAGCGGUCGCAUUGUGGGCGGCGAGGAUGCCACACAGGCACAGUUUCCGCAUCAAAUAUCGCUGCGCAACGGCGACUCCCAUAGCUGCGGCGGAUCAAUCAUAUCAAGGAACUGGGUGCUAACCGCUGCUCAUUGUGUUUCCUACGAGGAUGCCAAUGGGGAGUUAGUCAUUCAGCCAGCCAGCCGAUAUAGCAUCCGUGCCGGCAGCAAUGAUCGAUUCAAAGGAGGCGUUCAGCUGCAGGUGGUCGAGAUCAUUGUGCACGAGGAUUAUGGCAAUUUUCUUAAUGAUGUGGCUCUACUUCGCGUGGAGACACCCUUUAUCUACUCGGCAAACAUCCAGUCGAUCGCAUUGCCCACCAGAAAUACGCCAGACGACGCUGACAUCAUUGUCUCCGGCUGGGGUCGCCUUACCCAAGGCGGCGAUGUGCCACGAUAUCUGCAAUGGACAACGCUCAAAUCACUGUCGCUGAUGGAAUGUGAUCGUCGCAUUGGAUAUGGCUAUCCCAAUAUCUUGUGCCUGCUCCAUGAGGCAGACAACGGUGUCUGCAAUGGAGACUCGGGUGGACCUGCCCUCUACAACAAUGAAGUUGUUGGCAUUGCCGGCUUUGUCUUUGGUGGCUGCGGCACCACCAACCCAGAUGGCUAUGCACGUGUCUACCCCUUCGUGGAUUGGAUUAAAGCCCACACCGACGUUGUGUAGGGGAACUAUACAACUUUUUUAUGUUAAAAUUAAUUCGAAAUAAACU